AUGACUGAGAUUAUACCCAACGCCAGAAGGAUGGUCAUCAACAGAUGCAACCUCUUCAACGGGGACGACCCUUCAACAUCACUCAUGCCAGCUAUAGAACCUCUAAAAAUUCAAAUCGAACCCACGCCAACAUCCCAAAGCCUAAGCAACCUCCACAAACGCCCGAAAAAGCUUAAACACACUCCCAAACGCCGAAAACUUCACCUCAGUCCCCGCACCAACCACCACCACCUGCCCCUUCCUCAUGCCCAGCCUCUUCGCCCCCCUCUGCCCACACCACCGUCCCCUCUCCCUCCAUGCUUAUGGUGCCUCUCGCUUGUCGAUGGGAGGGUUGUAGCGAAGCGAUCCGUCGCUGUAGCAAUGAUCAAUCUCAUGGUGGCAGGGUAUCAGAGUGCUUAUACCCUUGGCAUUGCUAAGAACCAGACUGCGCUCUCGAAGAGUUUUACCGUCACGGUCAACGUUUUAACUACUGUUUUCCUCGAGUCUUCCUGCCAUCUGGUCUGCAUAACGGUCACCGAGGCUUACGACCCACGAAAUGUAGCACAUGCUACAUCGCCUCUUAACGCACGCCAAAGAUACAUAUUUGAAACAUCUCCUCCAAGUCGCAAUCCUAUUCCAACAUAUCUAAAAGGGCCCAAACCACGAAAUCCUACAUUUGCGCAGAGUACCACCCUUCGUAUAGGAGUCAGCUACAUCGACUUAUCAGCGGCACGAAUUCCCCCGGCUCGUCUCAUACGUUCAGACUCGACAGGAGCACAUCUCAGUCCUGCUCCAAGUCUACGACUGCUAAUGUUGGCGCGCAUGAGCCGUCGCAGCGCAGUAAUUGGCCAUAGCAAACAUGAGGGUAUUGGACGCGACUAUUUGGAAAUUCUCGUAACAGACGGUGAUCUAAGUACUGACAUACACCCGGCUGUCUGCAAACGAACACUGCUCCUCCUGUUGGGUAUCUCGUCUCCCCCACCUUCUUCACAUCACGUUCAGCAGUGA